AUGCCGAAGCAGAUGCGGUCGAAGGCAUCAAAAAAUUUGCGGCACAAUCCACUGGCCCAUGACAUUUUGGAGGAGGAAGCAAACAGAGGGAUUCGCAGAGUCCCGCGGAACAAGCUGCGAAGAGCUGAUGACAAUGAAGAGGAUGACAGUGCGGUCGUACCGUCCAAUGUUGCCAAAAAGGUAAUUGGGAUGGUGCAAGCUCAAAAGGCAGACGAAGAAGAAGAUCAGUUCGGUGACAUCCCCGAUGAUGUUGAAAGACAUAGUGCCGGCGAGGCUGACAUGGAGGAAAACGUGGAGGAAAUUGAUGUGGAAGUGGAUGAGGAUGGCUACAUUGUGGCACCAAAUGCCUCAGAUGAAGAUGAGAGAGCCAUGUCUUUAUUUCUGCCAGGUAAGAGUGCCCCACAGGCAUCGGGACCCACACUGGCGGAUAUCAUCCUUCAGAAGAUCCAGGAGGCUGAAGCACGCAAGGAAGCUGGUGCUGGUGAGGGUGCCGCAAGUGAAGCGGGCUUGUCUCCAAAAGUGGUGCAGGUGUAUGGGGACAUUGGGAACUGGCUGAAGUUCUACAAGUCUGGAUCCAUUCCCAAGGCCUUCAAGGUUAUCCCCAAUCUGACAAAUUGGGAGGAGGUCCUAGCCCUAACCUCACCGUUGACGUGGAGUCCUGCUGCGAUGUAUCAGGCCUCGACGAUCUUCGUUUCCAACCUGAACCCUCGGAUGGCUCAGCGCUUCUUCAACUUGGUCCUCUUGCCGGCAGUUCGACAGGAUAUCGCCGAGCACAAGAAGCUGAACUUCCACUACUACAGGGCCCUUCGGAAAUCACUUUUCAAACCCGCAGCUUUCUUCAAGGGCAUCCUGCUGCCUAUGGCCGCAGAAAAUUGCACCUUACGAGAGGCAGUCAUUAUGGGCUCUGUUUUGGCCAAAGCAUCGGUACCUGUCAUGCACGUUGCAGCAAGUGUUGUUCGCCUCUGUACUAUGACGCCUUGGUACGGAACCACCGCAAUCAUUCUGGCUGCGUUGCUCAACAAGAAGUAUGCAUUGCCGCUGAAGGUGAUUGAGUGCCUGGUGGCUCAUUUCUGUUCCUUUGCUGGCGAAGACAAAGUUCUGCCUCUGGUGUGGCAUCGUGCGCUGCUCAUUUUCGUGCAGAGAUACAAGUUUGAGCUCUCUGCUGAUCAGAAGAGACGACUCAAGGAGCUGCUUCGAGUGCACUAUCAUGAGUCUGUCGGCCCGGAGAUUCGCAGAGAAUUGGCGGCCAAGCAAGAGGACACGAGCGCGCCCGCUGACAUGGAUAUCGGCUGA